GUAUGCAGGAGGAUAGAACAUGCCCUUUACGCUCAGCCUCCUGGCUAAUCAGAUGGUUCCUGGUCUUCUUUGAUUAGACUUUGAAUGGUAGGUUAGGCUAAUGACUAAUUUGGUAGCUGGGGGACUUGAUGUUUUUCAGAAUUACCAGACUUUCAAUGCUAGGUUAUACUGUUUAAGUUUUAGUUUCAUAGUGUUCUUUCUGUCUGUCUUUUAAACAAGGUGUUUAUCCCCAUAUGACUCAUUCUGAGAGGGAGGUAUGUGCUGAAAUUCCUAGUUCUCUUAUUCUCUGGAAGUUUCAUAGUGUUCUGCUUUGUUCUUCUUGCAUGCAAAAGACUUCUCUUACCAUGAUCAUAUUAGCUUUUCUGUUUUCCCUUUUGGUUAUCCCCAUUAUGAUUCUUCCGUAUUCUUUCUACCAUAUCAAAGACGCAUCUGGUUUUGUUAACUACUAUAUGUCUUUUUUUUCUUUUUUUUUUAACUACUAUAUGUCAUAACUACUGAAAGUCUGUAUCUUCAUCUGCAGCUGUCUGAAAGUCUGUAUCCCGUUUUAAAUUGUUUCUUCCUUUACUACCAAAAGUUUUUCAAGACUCUUUCGAAAGCUUCCUGAUUAUUUCUCUGGGAAUAAAGUUGAGUUUCUCUAGCAAAGGUUUUAUACACGUCUCCAUGUUUUCUUGCUUAAGAUUCAAUAUGUGUUUGGUGGUCCGAAAGGUUUAUGUCUUUAAGCCAAACAUGUCUUGAAGUUCCUCAGUGAACUGGACAUGAUUUUGUGUGGUGUUAAGUCGCUGGAAAAUGAGUAACUUCUCUUUUAUCUGGACCUCGUACGCACGGAUAACCGGGUCUGACCCGGAUCCGAAGUGUUUCGCGACCCGAUACUAAAAAUUUAGCGUUCACAAAUCGCGAUUGGCUGCUAAUUUUAAUACUAAACCGCUAAAUUAAGCUCAGACGCGCGAUAGAAGUUACUAACGCCGUCAUAACUAUAUAGAGAACGGAUUCUCAAAACUCAUUACCCGACAAAAAAAAAAACAAACUCGCUACUGUUCUGCAAUGGCGAAAACCCUAGACAAAUCCAAGAAGCGCAAAUUCGUCAAAUCCGAUAAAACCAACAAGAAGCAGAAGACCAACCAACCCGAAUCCUCAACCACGCCGUACUCCACUUCCAGCUCAAGCUCCGACUCCAGCGACUCCGAAUCGGAGCAAGAAUUCGACCCGGAAGAGCUCCGGGACCUUCUCCAGCCCUACUCCAAGGACCAGCUCGUCGACCUACUCUGCUCCUCUCCCCAGAUCGGAUCCUCCAUCUACUCCUCCGUCCUCGAAGCCGCCGACCGCGACGUCACCCACCGGAAAAUCUUCGUCUACGGCCUUCCCUGGGAGACCACCCGCGAGACUCUCUCCGGAGUCUUCGAAGGCUUCGGAGAGAUCGAGGAGUGCACCGUCGUCAUAGACAAGAACACUGGCAAAGCCAAAGGCUUCGGGUUCGUCACGUUCACGUCGAGGAGAGGAGCCAGAGAGGCGCUCAAGGAGCCCAAGAAGAGGAUUCUCAGUAGAACCGCGACGUGCCAGCUGGCUGCGAUGGGCCCUGCUGGGUCGGGGAAGGGGCAGGAACAGACUGGUCCUGUGAAGAUUAGUUUGGGACAGGCUCAGCAGCAGCAGCAGGUGUUUAACGGUGGUGGAAUGGCUGCUGCGUCGCCGUUUAUGAUUGGGAACCAGUUCCAUCCGGUUUAUGGAGGUGGGAUGAUGGCGAAUCCAGCUUUAGCGGUGGCUGCUGGUGGAGGAGGGUACAUGUAUCCGAUGUUGGCUAGUGCGUUGGGUCAGAUGGGUGGGAUUGGUGAUCCGGGAGCACUCGGGGCUUACUUUAGAGGAGGUCAGAGUCUUCCUAGUGCUUAUUCGGAUUCGGAUACUGGGAGAAAAGGGAGUGGUAAAGAUUCAGAAGCUGCUGGUGGUUCGUUUCAGGGGUACGCGAACUAUUAAUGUUUGAUAAACAGUCUGUCGGUUACUCAUCUAAUUUUUCUAUAAAGCCGUUUUGUGUAUGUUCCUGAGGAGUUCCAUGGAGUUUACUUUGGAUCAUAUGAGUUCUCAGA